AUGAGAGGAAACGAUUCCUCCCAUAUCUUGAGUAGUCCCUGUUCUACAAACGGAGCAAUCUCGCCUCAUGGAUCUCCAGAUACCAAACUUACGGCGUUCUCCCCCGAGGAUAUGCGAUCUAAGGAUCGCUCUGAUUCUAGUGUCGGUGCUGCCAUGAAAGAGACUGACUUCCGCAAGUUCUACUCGAUACCUUCUUCAGACCCCUUUCUAGUUUCAGCAAGCACUUCUAACCGAGCACAGCUUUCUCCAACUGCAGCAAGCUUCACGCCUAUUGGCAUGACUGGAAGAGUGGUCGCUGGCAGCCAAAUCCAGUCCUUGUCCCGUGAAUGCUGUGGUGUUAGCUACCUAACUCCCAAUGCUGACCUUGGAACCCGUGGACCUAUACCUGGAACCAUGAAAUCUGUUGAGCGGGGCACGUCUGAUUAUGGUCCUAUUGGAAACACUCAACUUGCCAUGAACAGCAUUCUGCCCAGUGCAUCUAUUGAGAAGUUUGACACCGAGAGACGUAGUCGCGCAUUUGUUAUUGAAAACGUCCCGACGAACCUGUCUUACAUGUCCCUAGCCGGGUUCUUCAAUCGCCGCGAAUUUGGGACACUCAAGGGACCUGUGCUUACUGAGCUCAGUUCGAUGGGCAAAGUGUAUGUUGCAUUCACUGAUAGUCGUGAAGCAAAGAAUGCGAUGGAGAAGGUUCAUCUUCUUCGACCUGAGUGGCGUAUUUUCGCUCUUACGUCUAGAGAAUACAUACAACACUCUGAACCGUCUCGGUUGGCACAGACAUCUGAUUUCGAGGGUCAGUUGUUUGUGUCAGUCUACUAUGAUAGCCGAAAUUCCAAUAUGAAUCAUCACAGAGUCGCUCGCUCGCUCGAGACUCUGGCAAUGACGUUUGGGGACAUGAAAAUCUUUAGCCCCUUACCCUCUAAGCAAGAUCAUGUCAGCGAGUUUCAUCUUGAAUUCUUCAAUACUCGUGACGCGGAAAAUGCAAUGACCACACUCAACGGAACCUCAGUCGAUGAUUGCGUGCUCGAAGUUUCACUUUUCAAACCGGAUGUGGAGGACAAAUCAUACCUUCCUCUCCCGAGCCCAUCGACACCUGUUAAGGGGGGAUUCUCUCGAUACGAAACUGCGUACCGCAACCAUGAUUCCUGGGCCUCGAGUCGAACAAACCACACUCCCUAUAUGGAGCUAAGCCCUACUGGUCGCUCUACGGUGCCUUCAGGUGAGCAUGCUGGCCUUAUGGACUGGAUGUCUAGGGCUGGGGAGAGAAUCCUGCCUUCGCCCCACCGUGAAAUCAGUCGUUACCCCGACUUGCGCUCUAAUAACCAAAAUGCUGUUGAUAUUGAGCGGAUCCGUCUUGGGUUGGAUGUUCGAACUACGAUCAUGCUUCGUAAUAUUCCAAAUAAAAUCGACCAGGCCAUGCUCAAAACCAUUGUUGAUGAAACGAGUCACGGGAAGUACGACUUCAUGUAUUUGCGCAUUGAUUUUGCGAAUAAUUGCAACGUCGGUUAUGCUUUCAUAAAUUUUGAAGAUCCGAUUGAUAUCAUUGAUUUUAUCAAUGUGCGCUCUGGACGCACCUGGAAUUGCUUUAAUAGUGACAAAGUUGCCGAGGUGUCAUAUGCAAGUAAGUUUCUAAAUACCGCUAAUUUCUGUCAUGCUCUGAAGCUCGGGGUAGCAAUACAAGGAAAGGAUUGCCUAGUACAAAAAUUCCGAAACAGUUCUGUGAUGCUGGAGCACCCUUCCUUUCGUCCCAAGAUAUUCCACACGGGUGCUGGGCCUCUUGUGGGAACUGAGGAUCGUUUUCCGGGACCGGACAAUCCAUCGAAGAUGCGCCGCAGCAUUGAGAAUGCAGAGCAUGUUGGCCUGUUUGCCCCCCGAGUUGGUCAGCAAUACCGUGACGAGCAACGUCGCCGUCAUUCACAGUUUGAUCGUGGAACCACUGCCGCAGAACGUGAGGUAUUCUAUGUUCAAACGCUCGCUCCGAGGCGCCCCUCUGGUGUCAACAACGGUCUCAGGAGCGCUCCGUGCACCUACCCGGGCAUGAAGAUGUGGUAUGGUUCAACAAUCACAGAUCGCGGUCCUAGGACAUCUUGA